CACUUGCUAUCUUAACAUGGAGUGAUGGAAACCAAGCUUCUCUCUCCCUCUCUCCCUCUCUCCCUCACUCCGUGAAAGGUCUGUCUCCCUCACUCCAGUAUAAAUGUCCUGAACAAGCUCUGCUUCUCCUGCUCCGGCGAUUGAGUGAUAGUAAAUUGCAGGGGUGAUUGAGAAUUUGAGAUGGAGAGGGACAUAGACGAGUUGCCCAAGAACGCUGCAAACUACGAAGCUCUGACUCCGCUGUUGUUCUUGGAGCGUGCGGCCGUCAUUAACCCGCGUCGCCCUGCGGUGCUGCACGGAAGCACAGCUUACACCUGGGCUGAAAUAUAUCGCCGCUGCCGCCGACUCGCCUCCGCUCUUUCCUCCCGAUCUAUCGGCCCCGGCUGCACUGUUUCUGUAAUCGCCCCAAAUGUUCCAGCUUUAUAUGAAGCGCAUUUUGGAGUUCCCAUGGCUGGAGCAGUGUUGAACAGUAUAAAUAUUCGUUUAAAUGCUCAGACAAUUGCCUUCCUAUUGGAACAUUCAUCAAGCAAGGUUGUAAUGGCUGAUCAAGAAUACUUUUCAUUGGCUGAAGAAGCUCUCAAAAUCAUCGCUGAUAAACACAAAAAAGGGUAUUUUCAGAAACCACUUUUGGUUGUCAUAGGUGAUGAAAACUGUGACUCCAACUCUCUACAUGCUGCUAUAAAGAAUGGUGCUGUGGAGUAUGAAAAAUUUUUGGAAACCGGUGAUCCUGAAUUUGCUUGGAAGCCACCCAAGGAUGAAUGGCAGAGCAUAGCAAUCGGUUAUACUUCAGGGACAACAUCCAGCCCAAAAGGAGUGGUGUUGCAUCAUAGGGGAGCUUAUCUUAUGGCUCUUAGUGCUGCACUUGUUUGGGGUAUGAAUGAAGGUGCUGUGUACCUCUGGACUUUGCCUAUGUUUCAUUGUAAUGGAUGGUGUUUCACCUGGUCACUUGCAGCGUUAUGUGGAACAAGCGUUUGCCUUCGUCAGGUAACGCCUAAGGCCAUUUAUUCAGCUAUAGCCAACUUGGGUGUAACCCACUUCUGUGCUGCGCCUGUUGUCUUAAAUUCUCUCAUCAACGCUCCUCCCUCCCAAAAGCUCCUCCCCCUCCCUCGCACCGUCAAUGUCAUGACCGCUGGUGCCGCUCCACCAGUUUCGCUGCUUGCAUCCAUGUCCGACCAUGGCUUCCGCGUCACCCACACCUAUGGCCUCACCGAGACAUAUGGACCUAGCACCGUUUGCGUCUGGAAACCCGAGUGGGACUCGCUUUCGCCUGAAACUCGAGCUCGCCUCCAUUCCCGCCAAGGUGUUCGUUACAUUGGUCUUGAAGGCCUCGAUGUCUUGAAUCAGGAGACCAUGACACCUGUCCCAGCCGACGGGAAAACCGUCGGCGAAAUCGUCAUGCGUGGAAACUGUGUGAUGAAGGGCUAUCUGAAGAAUCCAAAGGCGAACGAGGAAGCUUUUGCUGGUGGCUGGUAUCACUCCGGUGAUCUCGGAGUAAAGCACACAGAUGGAUACAUUGAAGUAAAAGAUCGAUCGAAGGAUAUAAUAAUCUCAGGCGGAGAGAACAUCAGCAGUUUGGAGGUGGAGAAUUUGAUUUACAAGCAUCCAGCGGUGCUCGAGGUGUCGGUGGUGGCUCGGCCGGAUGAGCGAUGGGGAGAGUCUCCUUGUGCAUUCAUCACUCUUAAACCAGAUGCUAAAGCUGGGAAGAAUGAGGAGGCUAUUUCGGCUGAUAUUAUGAAAUUUUGCAGAGAAAAUAUGCCUGCUUAUUGGGUGCCUAAGUCGGUGGUGUUUGGGCCGUUGCCGAAGACGGCGACCGGAAAGGUACAAAAGCAUGUUUUGAGGAAGAAGACGAAGGAGUUGGGGCCGGUGAAAAAGAGCCGGCUGUAGAUAAGAAUAAUGCCAGUAGCUUUUGUUUUCCUUAAUAUGAAAAAAGUAGUCUUUUAUUGGAAAUAAUAUUGCGUCUGGUAAAUCGUCUGGUAAAUCAAAUCCGACGUUCGGACGAUGACGUGGAUCUCAUCACAGUGCGUUCUGUAGCGUGGUGCGAUCCGACACUGUUAUCUGCACAUUUAUUGUUUGGAAUAUUCUCUUGUUAUUGAGAUUUGUUUUAUGGAUUUGUAUGGAAUGCUCUAUUUUGAAUGUAGUGAAUUUUAUUGAACAUUAGUGCUAUGUUUAAUAAUGUGUA